AUGUCAGACCAAAGCAACAAUUACCUCCUUGGUCAGAGCGACAUGAUCCCGCUCCCCAGUCUACCGGCUCGUACUCUCGCCGGAAGAGACACGUCCCCCAAUGAACAACACAACACGGUUGGAGCAUCAAGCAAUGUCAUUUCUCCGUCCACCCCGGUGCGAAGCCUAGGAAGCCAUGCAACAACAUUCCAGGAAAUUUCAUUCAACAGUGCCGGAUCAGAUUCCAGCAUCCCCCGAGUUCUAUCUCAACAUCCGUCAAACUGGAUCCGCGAUAGCUUCGACAGUGUUAGAGAUGAGGAGACCGGUGGUACCAAUCAAAACAAGAGGCCUGCCAUAUCUAGGAUCUGGAAUUCAAUCCGGAGCCCCGUCAAACGGCGUGUUGAGGAGUAUAGGAUGAAUAGACAGUUUCGUGGUGGCCUCCCACUUCCUGUCACUGCAGCCAAUCCUUCGCACAAUAUGGUCCCCUUCAUGAGCUCUAACCAUAACAACCAAAUGGCUUCUAAAUUGUCCUGGGCUCAGGCUCAACGGUCGGACCACUUGAGAGAGAGAAUAACGAUGCCUUCCGCUACAAUGUCUCUCGCCACUGGUGCCAGCAUCAGCUAUCCAGACGGUUCCCAACUGUCUUCCGGCCAUCGUGUGCAUUUCACAUCUCCCAACCCUGUGUCAGUGUACUCCGCCGAAGCGGAUCUCUCCCUGUUACCCCUGACCAGUCGACCCAAACCUCCAAAUGACCAUUUCUGUUGUCAUUUCCGCUGCAACUUUUGCCUUCGAUUGGUAUCCAUUCGGGAGUCCCUAACCGCGUCUGUCCAAGAUGCUUAUGACUGGCUGACUGUCAAGUUCUCGUUCGAGGUAAGCACUGUGACGCGCAUCGUCUACCUUAUUGCCGGUACAAGCACCGUCAAUGUUAUUGUAGCCGUCAUUGUGCUUUGCACCGAGGGCGAUAGAUACCCAGGCAAUGCCUCGACUGCUGUCCGCAUCUGGCUCGGAGUUAGCGCUGUCGUACUACUGUGUGCACUACUCUACAAUAGCCAGCGCUCUGACCGAAUCGCCGAAUGGGGCCCUCGUCAACGACUGAGGGGCACUGCAAGAGACCAUGACGACCAAGGGAAUUCAUACGAACUUCGGGAGCUCCCAGCUUAUUUACGAUCCCCCCAUACACCGGAGCCGGGACAGCGCCAUCGCCACCGGCGGGUCUCGGAACCCGAACUCGUUUCCGGUGGCAAUGUUGCCUCGAGAGAACAACCGGACCUGCCACAGCACGCUACAGGCGAGAUGCAGUAUCCCAGCCCGUAUGUGAAUACGUUGGCGGACAACCUACAUAAUGAGGUGGAUAAUGUUCCACCAACUUCUCUACUUACAACCUCACAGGCCCGCCUGGGUCACUCUAACCAACCGCGCUCUACCACGGUCGGUAUUGCCCGAGGCAGCUCCUUGUAUGGGUCCGAGCAGCGAGAACAGCGCCGCUACGGUGCGGAGCCGCCGGAUCAUGAGCGACAUCAGCGAGCAGGUCCAGGUAGCGGAAUCUUGGAAAGGACUCUCGUCCCAAACAGAACCGCCAGCGGGCUGACCGCUCCGACUCUCAGCCGCGGUAAUAGUGGCGAUACCUCCGCCACAGAAUACCAGUACAGCGAGACCAUUGUCAACGCCGAAGCAGAGCCAUAUGGCUCCGGCCCAGCGGCUAUUAGACCUGCCAACACCCGAGAGCACCAUGGAACUGGCACGGGAGGAGAUGUUGAUGGAGUACGUGUGCACCGUGAUUCCUCCAAUAGCGUGUCAACAGUUGUUAGUUUCGCGAACGGUUAUGUCACGCGCUCCAUGGUCGAGCGACGAGGUUCUUACUUCCGAAACUCAGCAAUGCUCUCGCGAUCGCCGCCACCCCAGUACUCCGAAUACCCAGAAUCGCCUACCAUUGGUUAUGGCGCUGGCACUUCUGCUGCUGAUGCUACAGAUGAAUCUGAUUUCAGCUCUGGUGAAGCCGAGCACUCUGGCAUGGACUCGGAAAUAGACCUCCCGCCUUGUGUCAUUCCCGUCGCUCAGAGGUGGGACUUCGUCUCCGAGUUCGACGAGGAUGACGACCGUGGCGGUGACAACCACAAUGACGAUAAUGAUCACGACGAGUAUGGCCAAGGCCAAACCGGCAGCCUGGAGCCUGAAACACCCACACAGCAGUCCUGGAUGGCUGAGAACAACAACGAGGUGGAGGGUGAAGGCGAUUACGAUGAGGAGGACGAGCGCGCUUACCAGGAGCAGCGCGCGGCCGACUCGGACGAGUAUGACCUCCCGUACCGCAUGUCGCCGAUUCUCGAGCGCAGCGACGAGCUCAGCAGCUCGCCGCCCUCGUCGAUGCCACGACGCCGUCGCUAUUAG